GGUAAAGUAUAACAUGUCCCCUACAGGACACCGAAUGAUGUUGAGGCAGGUGGACGUCGACAUCAAAAUCGUGGUGUCACCAGCUUGGUAUCUUUUCAAUUUUUAUGUCAGCAACAUUGUGUUUUGCGUUGUCAUCUCACAUUGGCCGUUGACCCACUUCAUACCUUCAUGCACAACACAUACCUGCUCACAAAAGUCGUCUGCACCUAAUACGGACCCCACCUGUGGUGACGAGUAGCAAGGAGAGAUCACCAGAGACCCUUUUUAAAAGAUAAAAUUUUGCAGCAACAAUUAUUUAUGCAUAUACUUUUAGAGAUAUAAAACAUCUAUCUCCAAGUACAGCGAUAUCGUAGAAACAUUAAACUAUAAUUUUAAAACACUUCUCUUCGUAAAUAUCUCCAGUAGACGGAGGUCUUUUCCUCCACUCACGAAUAAAACAGUAGGGUUUUUUUUUUUGUUUGUUUUUUUAAAAACAAACUGCGAUUCUUUAUUUGUUUUUGAACCCAUCACUCACUGCACACUUAUUGUGUAUAUGUGUUCACCCCGGUAUUUAAACAGACCACGAGUUACAAGUGCGUUACAGUUUUAUUUAACUUGCCAAAUGUUUGCUGUCAGUCUAAAGGACUGUUUCCAAUAUCAUCUGCUGACGACCGGGGCGUUUUCUGCACAUCUAUGCAACAGGUAGGCAAUAUCACUCACAGGUGUGGCAAGCAUGAAGAGAGACUGACAUGAGAGAUAAGGUAUGAACCUCGCCUUAUCAGCUCAUACAAUGUUCAACCCGGGGGUGCACGCACACGUCUGUGAUAGCAACCUGCUUUCUUGUGGACUUCACGACUGAAGGCAUGACAAGAACAUUAAAGUGUUUCGCAUUGCUUCUCAGCACCCUCGUCCUGAUUCUGGUUUACGAGCUGUUUAUCAUGGACAAGGUGAGCCCUGACCUUUUCUACUUUCAGUUCCUCAACAGAAGUGUAGGCAGCUGGUCUCCGGUUGUAUCCCCUGACACCAACGUUUCUCUGCCGACGGCAAACUCCAUGCUGGGCACCACCACGAUCUUCAAGACCCACACCCGGGGUACAAGAAACCAAACGUUAUCAACGCAGCUUACGGCGACGUUUAACGUUGUCCCGCACAACAGCUUCAACAUCCUGACGGCACUGACCAGUACAUCGUCGUACACCGGUCAUCCUGUCACCACUCCUAUUAAAGGUCACGUGUCGCACAGCUCCUACACCUCCCCACGUGGCAUAAAUAGAACUGGAGUCACCGUACCGUCGGACCCUCUUAAUGCAACCAAAGUGUUGUGUAUCAGUUUCAAAGGCCGACUAGGAAACCAACUCUUUCAGUACGCAUCCCUUUUGGGUAUAGCUCUUAGGACGAAGCGGAUACCUGUUUAUUUGGGGAAGACUCUUCUGUCGGAUGUGUUAAGAAACACUUCACUGAUUGACGCGUCUUCUCGCUACGCAGAUCGGUGUAAGGACGUCUUUCUAAAGGAAGCAGGUUGUUGUAAGUUUUUCCCGAAGUAUUUCGAGCUCGACUCUAAGAGAGAUUACAGGAUCGGUGAGUAUCUUCAGUCCUGGCGAUAUUUCACCGAACACGAAACGGAAGUACGUCACGCGUUGACGUUUAAGGACACAAUUGUGUCUCAGGCUCAUCAAACGGUCGACGCCCUCAGAAAUCGCACUCUGACAGGUAUCCAUGUACGCAGAGGAGACUAUCUAAGGAAUCCACGUUCUGGAUACAAGGCAGCACCUGUAGAAUACUUGUUGCACGGCAUGGAUUACGUCAGAAAAAGGUUCCGUGACGUCAUUUUUGUAGUUUCUUCGGAUGACCUCAAAUGGUGUAGUCAGCAGUUUGCCAACAAAAGUGACGUCACUGUGCUGCAGCGUCAGUCAUCGCCCGCAGUUGACAUGAUGAUUCUUGCGUCACUGGAUCACAUGAUCAUGACGGUGGGGUCGUACGGGUGGUGGGCGAGUUUUCUGAACCCCGGGAUUACCGUCUACUACCGAGACUUUGUUAAUCCGGGUACAUUUCUAUCAAGACACUACCACCCAAACGGAACGGACCACUACUGUCCGGACUGGAUUUCCUUAUCCUGAGUUUAAUCAGUUGCCCACUACGUUUAACGUUUCACUGACAAUAAUAUUAAUAUUGUUAUAUUAUUACUAUUAUAUCAUUAUUAUGUUUAUUUUAUACUAUCGUCUUAAGUCUCGCAUAAUAACAUUACAAAGUCUAAAAAGGGGCAAAAAUAUGCCCCUUACCCCCAAAGUUUAAAAUUAACCCAUAGAAAGACAUUUGGUCUAAGUAUGUACUGUGUACACUCGUGUAAAUAAA